AUUUGACAAUUGACAGCUGAUGUUUUGAAACAUUCGAACACUGCAACUGCAACAAGGAAGAGGGAUUAAAAAUUUGAAAAACCAUAAGUUGUUAUAUAUAUUAUUAAAAUUUCAAUUGCGUCCCGAAUAUAAGUAAUAUUACAACAAAUAAACAAUGUGUUAUGUGAUUAUAACCGGCCGAAGUCUGGCAUGGCUACUUUUAAGUUUGGUUGCCUUUAUGCUAAUUUUAACCGGUAUUAUGACGCCCAAGUGGUUAAUGGGUCAACCCAUAGUCGUAAAUGAAAACAAUAUAACAAGCUUCUAUGUUCCGAGCGUAGGGAUUUAUAAUAGGUGCAUUCGUAUGGCACACGAUCCCAACAACUGUGCCCCAUUCUCAUUUUAUGGUCUGGCUACAGAUUCUAAUGUUUAUCCUACACCUUGGAAGGCAGCUAUGUUUUUCUUGUCUCUAUGUUCUGCCACACAAUUUUCAACAGUGCUCGCUGGUGUGCUUGCAUGUUGUGUCCAAUCUGUAUUUAAGAAGAGUGUGAUUUCACUGGCUGGCGCUACGCAGGCUCUUGGAGGUCUCUUUGGAGUCCUAGGUCUGCUACUCUACCCCUGGGGCUGGGGUGCUCCUCGCGUUAAGCGACUGUGUGGCGAGUACUCCGAGCCAUAUAUACCGGGAGAUUGCUCUAUUGGAUGGGCUCUCUACGUCACGGCGAUGGGUGUGGCCCUCGUAUUUUUGGCCAGUGCUCUCUCUAAAACAGCGGACAAAGCCGCCAACUCCGAUAAAGUGCAAUUUCAAAUGGACGAAGGGAAACAAUUGAUUUGCCUCGCGUAGAUGUAAGAUAUUUUUGGAAAAUUUUUCGUUCUGUGUGGAGGUUUUGAUAUAUAAAUAUGUACAAAGAGUACUUUUUUAUAAAAUCUAUUUGUUUAUGAUCAGUAUAAUUUUUUAUUGACUGAAUUUUUACAAGUUAGAUCUGACUUUUUUGAUAUUAUCAUCCAUGAAACGACUUUAUAUAUUUAUUUUUUAGGUUACACAUAUUCAGAAAAAUAAGCUAUGGAACUCAGGUAUAUUAUAUUAGUGUAAUAAAAAUAAUCAUACAAAAAAUAGUGUUGUGAUCAUUAACAGCAUAAAAGAGUGUCUAUAUGUAUGUAGUUUAAAAAUAUACUUUUGUUGUCUAUGGUAGUUUGUACUAUCAACCCAUAGAUUCCAAACCCAAAGGGUAGAAUGGGAUCCUAUUACUAAGGCUUUCCUAUCGGUCUGGCUGUCUGUCCGUCUGUCAGCAAACUGUAUCUCAUGAAACGUAAUAGUUAGACGGUUGGAAUUUUCUGCGAUGAUGGUUAUCUAUUGCCGCAAUAACAACAAAUAAAAAAAAACGUUACGCACAAAUUUUUAAGCACUUGCUCUUUAACCAAUUUGCGGAACCCUUGCUAUCGCGAGUAUGAUAUAUAUUUUACAAAAUUUAUCGUAAUUAAAUAUAACUAGGAUCAUACAAAUUUAUAGAUAGAAUCAGUUAGGUUUUUCGAAACGCGGGUUUCAAUGGAACGACGCAAGUUAUGCAUGAAGUUAGUGGUUUGUAGACAAGUAACUAAUUUCACGCAUAACUUGUGAAAGCGCGCUAUUGGUCGAGUAAAAA